UUGCACGACACACGAAGAACAUGUCCUGAAAAAUAAAAUGUGGAUGGUGUGUUUCUGCACUUGAAUUUUCCGCACAUCUACAUCGGAAGAGUUCUUUUGAAGCGGUGUUGGCGGCCUACGUAUUUGAUUUCUGGCAGUCGAUUGAGUGGCAUAUUUUUAAGCAUGGCGUGUAUGUCGGUGAAAUGUUUUUCCCAUAUGGUUUACUUCUCUGCAAUCUAUUGGAGCAUACAUUGCAGUAAAUACAAUUUAUUGCGAUGUCCAUGCCUCCAGCCCGUAAAUGCUGCAAUGGCACAGACUGUUUUUUUUUUUCUCGCAAAAGCCAUCUUUCCUACAUUAGCUUACACUGGGUUGGGUCGGUGCGCCUAGCGCCGUGCGCGUCUCUUCCAAACACCUGCUUGUGCUCAUUUCGUACAAUAGACUUCGGCGCACUACAGCAUCGUGUUAAAGUACCGUACAUGUGCCUCUACUCCACAUGUGUACCGCUGCGUGGACUCAGUUAGCAACCUAUACACUGUUCCCAGUCGACCUCGACAAUCGGAUGACGGGAACGGAUGUUCACGGUUCAUCCAGGUGCGCGUCUGAUAGCGUUUCGAGUCCCGACCACAUACAACCGCCAUUGCACCGUCACUGCGCAGCUGUUCGCCUGCGUGUAUGCCAUGCCCGGAAAGGUUUCGGUGCGCCUGUUGCUGUUCGCCAACGCCCGAGAGCUCGCCGGAACUUCCGAAGCUUCGCUCGUCACACCAGCCGUGCUUCGUGACGUUGACCAGCUUAAGCAGGUGAUUUUCGAAGCGUACCCAAGGCUUGCAAUUCUGGAGCACAGUGCCGUCAUUUCCGUGAACGAGUCGUACAUAGAGCCUAACCUCGAGGUGACACUCAGGCAAGGGGACGAGGUAGCCUUCAUUCCUGCAAUCAGCGGUGGGUGACCUGGAAGCCUUCCUGAUCCUACAAGACGCGUAAAGCUCGCCACUGACCCAAGAAAGUGAUCUUUGGGAAUAAAUUAUACCGUAAGUCCAGUGCUCCGGCAACGCCGAAGACACCGAUCGUAGAUAUAGAACUAAGAAAUAGAUGAUCAAGAAAGUGAUGGUCCUGUGAAAUUAAGUGGGGACUUACAGUUGACAAAGAGGACGUACACGAGUGCAUUACGUGACUUGACAGUGAAAAGAGGUUUCAUUCUUGCCUUAGUGACAGUGACUCAGAGGCCUAUCUAUUUCAAUCAGCGAGCCAUGAAUCACGUAGAACUAUCAGAGGCCGCACUGGAGGUCGGAGCCGUCCUGACAAGGGUGGGGUCGGAAGACUGCGGCGCCAUUUCUGUUUUCUUGGGAACGACGCGAAAUCACUGCGAUGGUAAACCGGUGUCCAGGCUGAGCUACGAAGCGUACGCGCCAAUGGCGAAGCGAGAAAUGCUGCGCAUCUGCGAAGGAAUCCGCGAGCGCUGGCCCGUGAAGAACGUCGCCAUCGUGCACCGGCUGGGAGACGUUCCUCUGGGCGAGCCGAGCGUGCUCAUAGCAGUCUCCUCCGAGCACCGCCAGGAGGCGAUGGAGGCGUCGAAGUAUGCCAUCGACGAGCUGAAGAGACGUGUCCCGGUCUGGAAGAAGGAGCAUUACGACGACGGUGACAGUGAGUGGAAGGCGAACAAGGAGUGCUUCUGGAUUGAAGGACGCUGAACUUUCGAGUUGCAACGACUGGUGGUUCAAUAGAAUCGCCGCUUUCACACACCGUGACCAACCUUGAAAAGCACGACCACGGUUCCAACGGAAGGGCUGACAUUUUGACCCAAGUUGGUGCUUUCCUGGGCGAGUUGAGCGGUUUGGGUUAGUUGCCUGGCGCCCAUCCUUGUUUGUUUUGAGUUUGUAUCCAUGGUUUUAUUUUGCUCUGGCACGCUGUCAGCAUUGGGUUACAUGUUUUUUUAUUCUUAGUGGUCUUGAAAUGCACAGUGUUGUCGGGCAGUCGAAGCAUUAUUGAGUGUUUUCUAGACAUAUUUGCGUUCCAUUUGUUUCUUAUAGCUGCUUCCACGCGCGCUUUUGCAACAUAAUGCUUCUUCGGCUUCUUAGCGUUGAAUAAUUUUGCAAUUGCAUUUUAACACCUCUCAGGCCAACUUCUUUGUCUCCUAUUUGUAUGAAAAUUUCUGAUCGUUCUCCUAUUGUCUAUGUAGCUGCCAUUUACUUUCCGUGCAUACGCACAGACAAACUCGGUGCUGGUUCUUGAACGUUUGCGGAAGUCUUAGUUUUGUUGAAAAACCGUACCAACAAAUAUGCGACACGACUAGCAGAUAUUGGCUGUGUAAGUAUUUGUAUCUCCUUCUCUGCAUUUAUGUGAAUUUACAAUGUUUACAGGCUGUUUUCAGUUUCAGGUACCGUCAAUAUGUACCCAUUCGACGAACAUUACACCGAGUGCAAUGCGCUCCCGCUUUCUGGUCAUGUCGCCCCGGACAAUCAAUAGACAAUGAUUAAUAGGCAAUAGUCAAUAUACAAUGACGAAUAUAUAAUGGUCAGUAGAGAGCCUCCUCGGAAUUUACACAUGUUUCAAUAACAAGCGUAUCGCUGCCAAUAGCGCCAAUGAACUAUGUCCGAAUAAACGCCAAUGAUGUGCUGAAGUGAUUGCGGUGUUUUUCGGCUAAAACCAAGUUGAACCACACAUAGAGAAAUUUAGAAUUGCGCUUUUAUACUGCUACAUUUUCGUAUGUUUUGUCUAUUACCUAGGUUUUGUCAAUAUAUUUAUAUUGCUGCAGGAAGCUCAUCCCUAUGAUAACAUAAUUAUUGUUAUUACGCAUGGCUUGGGUAUUUACUCCCGAGAGUUAACACGUCUUAGUGUUUAUUUUUGUAAGCUAACCAGUGUUUUAACAUUUUGGUUACGUUGAAACCUAAAUAUAUGCAUGUAUAAAAUGCUCUGCCUCA